CGGCGCUACAGUGCGAAGUCGACGCAACAAUCAAUGAGUUCGAGAAACAAGUCGAGGUUUUUAAGAACGAUUCCGGUCUCCGCCUGUGGUUCAAGGCGGAUGUGUCAGCUGUGGUCACGCUCAAGAUAUCGGUCCCGGGGUCACAGGAGCAGCCCGAAUCAGUCGAUAUUCCCGGCGGCAAGACUGGUAUUUGGCAUGAUUUGAUUGUGCAUAAUUACAAGGAUUUCGGCUUAGAAUGGAAAGCGUUAGGGUCGAGUAAAUAUGCAGAUAAAUAUAGGCACGCGAACACCGAUAAAUGGGAUGUGACGCUGCAUAGUGACGUCAUCGUCGUCUGGUCUACCUGUAAUAUAAGUGGGAUCUCAUCACAACCAGACCCAACACAGCGGGCUACGACCACCCCGACAGCGUGUGGGGAAGGUCGUGAUGAGCGGACCACCCCACCACCUUCCCCUUCCACCCCACCAUCCUCUAAGGACGGCAAACCCCAAGAGGAAGAAUGCCAAGGGAACCAGGAGACCUUGCUGUACGCCGUGUAUGGCAUGGCCGCUCUCUGCGCGUUGCUCUUGCUCAUUAGCUUGGCUCUGUGCGUGAGAAUCUUCUCCGUAAUGAGAAUCAAAGCUUCAGUCGAGGGCUUGGCCACAGCAACAUAUUCAGCCCCGAGAAAACCGAUCGACGACGACGCCAUCUAUGAGGAGAUAAACGACAACAUUCCCACGGCCUUUCUUCCCCCGUCCCUCUGCCAGGGCCUGAACCACGCCGCCCAACGCCCUCAAUCAGAACACGACAGCGAGAAUAGUCUGUACGGAGCAGUGUCUCAGUAGGAAACGGGGGUGGUCUCAGCAGAAGGGGUGUGGACCACUGUUUUAGCUGAAAAUGUGGAUCAUUGUCUGAGCAGUGCGUGUAUGGGCCAUUGUUUUAGCUGAAAGUGUGUCUAGCGCUGUUUCAGGAGAAAGCGUAUGGACCAGUGUCUCAGCAGGAAGUGUGUGGACCACUGUUUCAGGAGAAAGUUUAUGGAACACUUUCUCCGCAGAAAGUGUGUGGACCAUUGUUUUAGCUGAAAGUAUGUAUAGCGCUGUUUCAAGAGAAAGUGUACAGACCAAUGUCUCAGCAGAAAGUGUGUGGACCACUGUUUCAGGAGAAAGUUUAUAGAACACUUUCUCCGCAGAAAGUGUAUGAACCACUGUUUUAGCCGAAAGUGCGUGGACCAUUCUCCGAAAGUGUAUAGACAGCUGUCUCAGCAGGAAUUUUAUGGACCACUGUCUCAGCAGAAAGUGGCGAUGGUCUAUACUGCCCGCUGUCUCAGUAGAAAGUGAGAAUUUGUACAGAUUGCUCUCUAUACUUGUGCUGCUGUGUGUUGAGACAGAUAUUUUGUGGUCUAUUGAGGUGACUUAUAUGCUGUAAGAUUGUUAUUGAUGCUCUGUUACUAGCGUCCUUAUUAUCUCUACCAAAGAAGUUAUUGUUUUUGGUAGCAUUGGUUUGUUAGUUUGUUGGUUGGUGAGCAGGAUCACUUAAAAAGUUAUGAACAGAUUUUUAUAAAACUUUUUACUAGAGGUAUGUCUUAGUCCGAAUUAGAUGCCACCAGAUCAUGAUCCGGAUAAAGGAAUUUUAUAGGAUUCGUUAGCACUGCGAGAUAGGGAGACACGGACGUCACCAGUGUACUUGAAAAAGAGGUAUGCGCUAUCUAAGUGCUGCUAGUUGUUGUUGCAAUAAUGAUAACAGUGAU